UGCAAAGGGUAUAAAGAUUCCGCCUUUUCUUUGAAGAAUCGUUUGAUCGGGUCGGGCGAGUUCGGUUGCGCCGUCGUACUCCGCCACGCGUGUCGGCUACUCGUACCCCGCCAAUCUUCUUCUCCCGCGUUCAUGUCGUGGAUCACUGCUAUCGUCGUAAAACCCUAAUGUUUGUGCUCUCAAUUGUUCUACAUUCAUCUUUCAGCUCAAACAUCAUCUCUAUGCGUUGAUUCAAUCCUAUCUUCCGAUUGUUUUGCUGCAAUUAUUGUUUGAAUUUUGCAUCAUCUAGUCGUGGCUAGGGUUUCGAACCUUUGUUUGUGAUUUGGGUUCCAGUUUUCUGUUAUUGACGACCUCUGAAGCAACUAUUGGCUUUAUUAAUCGGUUGCGGGUGGAAGAUUAUGACUAGAACGUAUGCAAUUUCUGGAGCGAGAAACUUUCGAUAUCGAGGGAUUUUUCAUGGAAUUUGCUCCAUUGUGUUGCUUUGUUUAUACCUUAAUCAGGGGAAGUUCUUGAGAAAUCCGUUUGAUCAGAAUUCGCAUUCGGUUCUUCCCCAUAAAUGGACCAUUGGUGAUAAGCAGGCUGGGGUGAUUCAUAGGCGAAUAACUGAAGUCUCUGCUUCUUCUCUAAACAAUACCAUCGGUGUUGAUGGACUUCUUACAAAUAAUAAUAACACCGGGAGUCGUCCCCUAUUAUGCGUUGGCUUAUCCGAACACAAAGGUUAUCAGAGCCGAUGUGAGUACUUGAUUGCCCAUCCCGAUUGCAAUUCAGGGGGAUUUUUCAAUUAUAUCGCAUUCUUCUACUGUGACUGUGAAGGUUUUAGACUUUUGGGUUAUGUGGCUUUGAUAAUUUGGCUUGCUGCGUUGUUCUAUCUAUUGGGUAAUACCGCAGCUGACUUUUUUUGUUGCUCCUUGGAGAAACUGUCAAAUCUUUUGAAGUUGCCAGCGACUGUGGCCGGAGUGUCGUUGCUUCCUCUUGGUAAUGGAGCUCCUGAUGUCUUUGCCAGCAUUGCUGCUUUUAUGGGAAAGGAUGCUGGUGAUGUUGGUCUUAACAGUGUCUUGGGUGGAGCUGUCUUUGUAACUUGUAUCGUUGUUGGUGCUGUUUCUCUUUGUGUUGCCGAGAGGGACAUCAGGAUUGAUAGGAAAUGCUUUAUCAGAGACAUAUGUUUCUUCAUGUUUGUCAUCAUCUCACUUGCUAUAAUUUUGGCGUUUGGUCGGGUUACUGUCAUCAGUGCCAUUGCGUUUGUUUCGAUUUAUUUAGUCUAUGGAUUUGUAGUUGCUGCAAAUGAGAUUUUGGAGAAUGACCCAGUAAAAGUGACACUGAACUCCUUGACACCUUUGCUUCCUGUAACUGGAAGCAUUUUCUCUGUUGGGAGUGACGACGAAGAAUCGGUCUAUACAACUCUGCUUGAUUACGAGGCUGAUGGUGAUGUACCACAUCUCCAAAAUAAACUGCCACAAUGGAUGUGGUCUUCACAUGUUGCAAUCUAUUCAAAUCAGGCUAUGAAGGGCAGUGUUGAUAGUCCAAAAUUUCUGUGGGGUUGGAAUGAUGAGAAUACAGCAACUGACCACUCAUUGUUUUCCUGGUCCAAAUUAUUUUCACUUCUUGAACUUCCAUUGAUACUCCCAAGACGUUUGACCAUUCCCAUUGUCGAGGAGGAACGGUGGUCCAAAGUCUAUGCUGUUGCCAGUGCUACGCUAGCACCCGUUCUUCUGGCAUAUUUAUGGAACACCCAAGAUGCUCUAGGACCUCUGAGUGGAAAACUUGCCUACUUUUUUGGGUUUUCCCUUGGCGGUGUGCUUGGUGUCCUUGCAUAUUUGUAUACAAGCUCUGGUCAUCCACCUCGCAGGGCUUUGUUUCCAUGGGUCUUUGGAGGAUUUUUUAUGAGCAUCGUCUGGUUUUACAUCGUUGCAAAUGAGCUAGUUGCUUUGUUGAUGACAUUAGGUUUAAUUUUUGGAGUCAACCCAUCAAUUCUUGGAUUAACAGUGCUGGCCUGGGGGAACUCAAUGGGGGAUUUGAUGUCCAAUUUAGCACUGGCAAUGAAUGGUGGAGACAGUGUACAGAUUGCUAUGUCUGGGUGCUACGCUGGGCCUAUGUUCAAUACUCUUGCGGGGCUGGGUACCUCCAUGCUUCUUGGAGCCAUUUCCCGUAGACCUGCAGCUUACAUGCUUCCUAGAGAUAGUAGCUUGUUUUACACAUUGAGUUUUUUAAUGUUAGGACUCAUUUGGUCAGUUGUUGUGUUACCUAGGAACGGUAUGCGCCCGAACAAAAAUCUAGGAGUUGGCUUGAUUGUUAUAUAUUUGUCGUUUCUCAUCCUCAGGGUGAGCACGUCAAUGGUGAAUCCCUGAUGCUGGCAAUAAAUGUUUGUUUAAACUAAUCAUAGGCGUCUCAACUAAAAGCUGGCCAUUGUAACGUGCGAUUCAAUUAAAUGGUAGCCAAAAGUCAAGGACGUUCUCUGGACCCUGAACAGUUAUUAAGACAAUAGAUGAUGUUAUAGGAGAUCAUGAUGCCUUGACUUUGCAUCAUCAGCCUGUUAAUAUCAUGAUUUGUAUAUCAUAGCAUUGUUUAGUGAAAUGAAGUUGUAUAUUUUUUCCUUUUAAA